UGGAGCAGGGCUUUUAAGAGCAGCUGGAAUGCAGUUCCACUGACCAGUGUAACCAGUUGUUGCCUGUCUGAACCUCUGCCAGUCCUGGAGAGCAGUGCUCUGAGUUCAACCAGCGGGCCUUGCUCUGUACCCCUCACCGCCUCCCUCUCAUCCAAGUAAGAAGCCAUUCCCAAAGGGAAAGAACUUUUUCCACCUGUCUAGCCAUGGGAGAGGACGCUGCGCAAGCCGAAAAGUUCCAGCACCCAGGUUCUGACAGGUGGCAGGAGAAGACAUUGAGCUCCAGCCCGGUGCCCUCCUCCACGCCCAGCCCUAGCCUGAACCUGGGUAGCACAGAUGAGGCCAUCCGGGACAACUCGCAGGUGAACGCUGUCACCGUGCUCACGCUCCUGGACAAGCUGGUGAACAUGCUGGACGCUGUGCAGGAGAAUCAGCACAAGAUGGAGCAGAGGCAGAUCAGCCUGGAGGACUCCGUGAAGGGCAUCCAGAACGACCUCACCAAGCUCUCAAAGUAUCAGGCCUCCACCGGCAACACGGUCAGCAAGUUGCUGGAGAAGUCCCGCAAGGUCAGCGCCCACACCCGGGCUGUCAAGGAGCGCAUGGAGCGGCAGUGCGCGCAGGUGAAGAGGCUGGAGAACAACCACGCCCAGCUCCUCAGGCGCAACCAUUUCAAAGUGCUCAUCUUCCAGGAAGAAAAUGAGAUCCCUGCCAGUGUGUUUGUGAAAGAGCCCGUUUCUGGCCCAGCAGAAGGGAAAGAGGAGCUUGCUGAUGGGAACAAGUCCCUAGAGGAAACCUUGCACACGGUGGACCUCUCAUCGGAUGAUGAAUUGCCCCACGAUGAGAAGGCCCUGGAAGACAGUGCAGACGAAAAGAUGGAAGAAAGCAGGGCAGAGAAAAUAAAAAGAUCCAGCCUCAAGAAGGUGGAUAGCCUCAAGAAAGCAUUUUCACGCCAGAACAUUGAGAAAAAGAUGAACAAGCUGGGAACAAAGAUUGUAUCUAUAGAGAGGAGAGAGAAGAUUAAGAAAUCUCUCACUUCAAAUCACCAGAAAAUAUCCUCAGGGAAAAGCUCCCCCUUCAAAGUUUCUCCCCUCACUUUUGGUCGCAAGAAGGUCCGAGAGGGAGAAAGCCCCACAGAAAAUGAGACCAAGUCAGAAGACAUGACGGUCAGUGACUCAGUGCAGAAUGACCACGAGGAGAGCUCGUUCGCAGAGGGUCUUUCUGAAGCAUCGCUCACCAGUGCCCUGGUGGAAGGGAAGAAUGCGGAAAGGGAUGUGGAGAGGGAUGUGGAGAGGAAUGUGGAGAGGGCCGCCUUGAGAGGGAGUAACUCGGGGAUGGACAACAAUGUCGACUUGACCAUCGUGGAAGAUGAAGAAGAAGAGUCAGUGGUCCUGGAGCAAGCACAAAAAAUGCGCUAUGAACAUGGCUACACGCUAACCCCUGAGGAGAAAGAGCAGUCAGAUGAGGAAGCCGUGCAGCCGGCUGUUCUCCAGGUAGACCAGACGGCCUAAACACACACACACACACACACACACACACACACACACACACACACACACACACACACACACACACACACACGCAUGCACACGCACACACGCAUGCAUGCACACAGCCUGUUUGCCCUUCCUAUAUUUUUGUUAAACAGGUAACCAGAGCUUAGGAACAAACUCCUGCACUACCCACUCACUCCUAUGUUAUUGUCCAGUCAGUAAUGAUUUAUAAUAUAGUAGCAGCAUGCACAUAGCCAAGAUUUACUAUGAAGGCAACCUGCCAGGGGCUCCACUUCUCUCUAAUUUGCUCUUAGGCUCUGUUUACAUAUAAUUUCUCCAAGUAUUGCCAGGAAAAAGAAAUGGCGCCAUUGAAAAUACUGAUCAAUUGGCUUAGUCAGAAAAACCAGAGGGCACUUAAGAUGCUAGUCAUGAAAUGUGAUUCAUUUUUUUUUGUCAUUCCAUAAGCUUGCUGAAUAGUGUAUCAGUAAUAUACUGAAUUUCCACAGUACUCUGCAACUCUAUUCUUCUUUUAGUGUGUGAUAUAUAAUAUACAUCCAUAUCUAAUCUAAAGACAUUGAAGGAAACAUUUAAUAAAGGUAGAAGAGGAUGUUCAGUUGUUUUUUCACUUAAUAGGAACCAUUGUUUCAUCGCAAACGAAGACUGUAAUAAUCAGCUAAUGAAGUUUGAUGUGUAGUAAAUUCAGGACUAGUAGAAAAAGAAAGCUACGAAGGGAAAUUUGGAAAAUAAAAGAAAUAAGAACAAAAGAAUGCUGAAGAGAAUGAAGAAUAAAGAGAAAAAAGCAUGUGUUUAAAUUAAAUUAUUUACAAUGUUAACUUAAGUAUUUCAUUCCUUAAAUAACAAUACUAAGGAAAUUUAUAUAUCCUGGAAUAAUACAUUAUAUCUUAAUAUUCUGUUAUCUAAUUUUCAAAUAAUAUAACAAAUAUAUUUUACAGUGUUAAAGCAACAUUUGAUUUCUUAAUAAAUAAAAGGCAUUACAAAUAUUUCUCUAAAGAAGUUCAAAAGGAUGUUGUCUCUUUAACAUUUGGAAGUGAUAUAAAUCUUCAAAAAGUAUUUACUAUGUACUGCCUUUGUAUGAAGUUGGAUCUUACUAUUCUUUAACAUAAUGUUUUUUCCAAUUUUAAAAUAAUGCUUACACUCCAAAUGAUACAUUGUAGGUUUGGAAGAUGUUACAAUUAAAGGGCUUGGGAAGGGAAGAAUUCUAGUUUCCUUUUUUGUACAUAAUGGUACAUUUUCCAUUUAGAUAUUAAUUUCACAGAACAUUAAUGUUUCUUAACUUCUUAAAGCAUGUUAGUGGUUAUGUAUAUAUAUACAUUUACUCAAAGUACUUUUUACUUCUGCCUAACAUUAUACUAAAACAUUGCUUUAUUUUUAAUUACAAAAUGCUGUUGUUUUGAAAAAACUAUUAAAUUGUGGUUAAGAGACAAUUGAUCCAGGGAGCACAUCCCCUGCCUUUAGUAUGUACCACUAUAAAUAACCUUACAGAUAUAGAUAAUCCAAGACAAUAUUAAACUAUGCUUUGUCUUUAAUAAGGCGAUAAAAUUAACUAAUGUAUUGAUGGUAUAACCUAUACAGCUAUGUCCUUAUUUUGUAGUAAUGUUACCCCAAAUACUGGAUUGUUGAACUAACAAUGGCUGUAUUAAAGAAGACUAAAUAAACCAAAAAUAAAAGGUA